GCGCCAUCAGGGAGUACCUGGACGCCCAUGGCAUUCCCUUCACCGUCAUGAUUGACAACCUCCAGGAGCUUCUGGAGAUGGAGGAGAACCGGACGAAGCAGUGGAGCAGUAGGAGCUUCAACUUUGGGGUCUAUCAUCAUCUGGAGACAGUAGGCUAUCAAAAUCCAUCCAUUCAUUUUCUUUACCACUAAUCCUCACAAGGGUCACGGGCUGCUGGAGCCUAUCCCAGCUAUCUUCGGGCAGGAGGUGGGGUACACGCUGAAUCGGUCGCCAGCCAAUCGCAGGGCACAUAGAAACAACCAACCAUUCGCACUUAUAUUCACACCUACUGGCAAUUUAGAGUCUUCAAUCAAACUACCACGCAUGUUUUUGGGAUGUGGGAGGAAACCAGAGUCCCCAAACGUAUUGUGGGAGUCUGCUGGGAACGUCUGGCAGAAUGCCCUGUCAGAAAGAGAUUCAACUCCCACCUCCGGCAGAACUUCACCCACGUCCCGGGGGACAUUGAGUCCGAGGAGACCAUGUUCCGCGCCUCCAUUGCUGAGGCGGCCGACUGGAGCUGUGGCCGUAAGGUGGUCGGUGCCUGUCAUGGCAGCAAUCCCGUAACCCGUUGGUGGACACCAGCAGUGAGGGAUGCCGUCAAACUGAAGAAGGAUUCCUGUCGAGCCUUUUUGGCCUGUGGGACUCCUGAGGCAGCUGAUGGGUACCGGCUGGCCAAGUGGAAUGCAGCUUUGGUGGUCGCUAAGGCAAAUACUCAGGCAUGGGAAGAGUUCGGUGAGGCCAUGGAGAAUGACUUCCGGACGGCUUUGACAAAAUUCUGGUCCACCAUCUGGCGUCCCAGGAGGGGGAAGCAGUGCACCAUCAACACUGUAUAUCGUGGGGAUGGGGCGCUGCUGACCUCGACUCGGGACGUUGUGAGUCGGUGGGGAGAAUACUUUGAAGAUCUCCUCAAUUCCACCGACACGCCUUCCCAUGACGAAGCAGAGUCUGGGGUCUCUGAGACGGGUUGUCCUAUUGCUGGGGUUGAGGUCACCGAGGUGGUUAAAAAGCUCCUCGUGGUAAGGCCCCGGGGGUGGAUGAGAUUCGCACGGAGUUCCUAAAGGCUCUGGAUGUUCUGGGGCUGUCCUGGUUGACAUGCCUCUGCAACAUUGCGUGGGCAUCGGGGACAGUGCCUCUAGAUUGGCAGACUGGGGUGGUGGUCCCCCUUUUUAAGAAGGUGGACCGGAGGGUGUGUUCCAACUACCAGGGGAUUACACUCCUCACCCUCCCUGGUAAGGUCUCUUCAGGGGUGCUGGAGACGAGGGUCCGUCGGGGAGUCAAAUCUCAGAUUCAGGAGGAUCAGUGUGGCUUUCAUCCUGCCCGUGAAACAGUGGACCAGCUCUUCAUCCUCGGCAGGGUCCUCGAGGGUGCAUGGGAGUUAGCCCAACCAGUCUACACGUGUUUUGUUGACUUGGAGAAGCCGUUCGACUGUGUCCCUCAGGGAGUCCUGUGGGGGGUGCUUCGGGAGUAUGUAUUAUUAUUAUUAUUAUUAAGUUUUCUCUUGUAUUUGAUGUCAUUAGAUUGUGCAGGUGUACCUAAUGUAUUGAUUGUUGACAAUGGUCUCACAGAUCUACAGCUGAAUGGACACAUUUGUGCUCAGUACCCUAAACUGGUAACAAACGGGCUGAUUGGGGAGUCCUAUGAGAACAGGCCCAUGUACUGUAUGUGCUAGAGUUAGGAUGUUAUUUUAGUAUUUUUAGCAAAAUUUUAUAAUUUUAUUUUGUGGUGCUCAUUGUGUGGACUGUAAAGUUUUGCACGGGACUCGACACGGGACUCAACUCCAGAGAAUGGGUGGUUACUGGUGUGUGGACGGCCAACAAGGUAAAAUGUGAGGUGUGACUGUUAUAAGGCUGAACACUAUAUGAUCACGACCUGGGGUCCUCCAAUCUAGCGGGAACAAGCCUAACAGCCAGUUGGCUGUCUACCGCUGUCGGCUAUUUGCUGGCAGCAAGACUGAAAUAUGAUAAAACCUACAGGUUGCUUCCCCAGGACUACUGUGAAACAAUGUGAAAUGCAUGCGAGGCAUAAAAGCAUGUGCAAAUGUGUUCUAAAGAAAGCCAGAAGUCAAGCCAAGAAUCUUCUGAUCUGGAAUCAGAUACGUUAUCCAUUAUGCCACAAGCCCCAGAAAAGACAAGUUAUUCUCUCUCUUUAGCCUAAGCCACUGAGGAGGAAUAUCAGUCAACUGCAAAAAAGAAAAAAAGAAAAUCCAUGGUGUGUUUUGUCCAUCCAUCCAUCCAUUUUCUGAGCCGCUUCUCCUCACUAGGGUCGCGGUCGCUGGAGCCUAUUCCAGCUAUCGGGCAGGAGGCGGGGUACACCCUGAACUGGUUGCCAGCCAAUCGCAGAGCACAUACAAACAAACAACCAUUCGCACUCACAUUCACACCUACGGGCAAUUAACCUAUCAUGCAUGUUUUUGGGAUGUGGGAGGAAACCGGAGUGCCCGGAGAAAUGGUGUGUUUUGUACCCAAGCAAAAGCAAAAGCAUGCUUCAGCUAGCCAAAAGUCAAACCUAGAAUCUUCUGAUCUGUAGUCAGACACCUUAUCCAUUGCGCCACUUGCCCCACACAAAUGUGUGAUCCUCUCCCUUUAAGCCACUGUGUAGGAAUGACACUGCAGUGAUUUAAAAAAAAACACAAAAAAAACACACGGUUUGUUUUGUACCUGCCGUGACCUGUAUUCGAAACAGAGUUGCUGUAGCCACAAUGCAGAGUACUAACCACUAAAACGAUCCCAGACUGGUCUGCUCCACUCUCACUGGAUCAAUCACCUGUUUACCGCUCUCGGCUAUUUGCUGGCACUUCCAGGUUACUUCGCCAGGACAAUGUUAAAUGCAUGCCAGGGAUAAAACCAUACAUGAGUGUGUGUUGAAACUAAUAUCUUUCAGAAAUUUUGCAUACCAUUUUGGUGGAAAUGCUGUUUUCAAGCAGAGAACUUCAUCUCCACAAAAUUGAGUGCACCUCUUCAUCAGGAAGACCUUGAAGAAAACAUUUUUGAUGGGUCAAAGUGACAGGUUGUCAAUCACACGCAAUUUACGUGCACCCAUAGGCUUGAUUUGCAGACUGUUUAUGUACUGUACCUUGCUAGGUGCUGCUGUUUUGGUUAGAAACAAGAGUUGAAAUGCUGCAGAUUGAUUUUACCUGAUCACUCUG